AUGUCGCCCCGCACUGGGGCCCGGAGAACGACUCUACUGGCAGGCCAACUAGCGGAGCUUCUCGCCCCGACCGCAGGAGAAAGUCACAGGGCAGAGCGGGCGUCUCGGCCCCACCAGGGACCAGGAUGCUCCGGCGUGGAGCGCCGUCCGGGCCGCUCAGACGCUGCCGCAGCCCGGCCCGGGCGGAAGCCGCCUCCCCCCGCAGGCGCCGCAUCUCCGCGGCCGCGCGGCUGGCACCCCCCCUGCCCGAGCCAUCUCAACCCAUCUCCGACCCGGAGGGAGGCUCCCGGGCUCGGGCCGCGCGCGUGCGGACGGCAGAUCCCGCUCCGCGCCGCCUCCGACCCCUCCCUCCCCGCCCUGUCCCCUCCCCGCCCUCCCCUGCUGUCACACGCGGGAGGCAGCGCCGGGCUCCCACCCACGCCGGCCCCGCCGGGACGGCUCCGCGCAGAGGAGGAGGCUGGCCCGAGCAACAGGCUGGCAGGGCUCCCUGGGGCGUCUCUCGAGUGUUCCUGCCUGGCAGGAGAGAAGCAGGUGCUCUCAGGAAGUCUAGACUCUGCACCCCAUCCCGGCUCUGGCAGGCACUCCCUGGCUGAGAAGAGUGAAAGGCCUGCAGACCUGCAGGAAGCAAAAGAUCUCAGGUACAACACAACGGCCUCUGAAUCAGUGCCAAGUGACAGUCCCAGGAGCAACCACGGAAGAAAUGAUUGAGAUUCUGAUUCAAAGCCCAACUACUGCUUAAUGGGUAUGGUUCUCUUUUGGUUGAUGAAGAUAUCUCACAACUGGACAGAGGUGAUCGUUGUGCAACAUUACGAAGGUGCUAGCUGCCACUGAAUUGUAUGCUUUACAAUGUUUAAUGGUUAAUUUCAUGUGAAUUUUGUUAGAAAGCACACCUAAGGAGUUCCAUAUGUCCUCAAUAAUAAAUUUAGGAAUGGUCCAUCGAAACAUUUCUUCAUAGAAUGGAAUUUUAUGAGGAAAAGAAAUAAGAGGAAAAAAACAAUGACACAUAAAAUACAUAUAACUCAAGGAACAAUUAGCCUUAAAUAUAACAGACUAUUCUGUGUGGAGCAGGAGAGAAAAGGUCAUUAAGAACAUAAAUACGAUUCAGCAAUGAAAUGAAGUUAGUAAAUAAGCUAACAGAAUCUGGGGAGUGUUUAUAGGAGCAUGAUUUACAUGAGCCAGGAAAAUAGUCUUUUUCUGCCACUAUCCUUGCCAUUGACAAGGUUUUUAUUAGAACACUAUAUCCUGUUUUGGUUUCUGCACUUAGCUCUAAGGGAUAUAUAAACAGCCUUUCAGCUAAAGUCACAAACAUCAUUAGCUUACUCAAAUGCAUACUAAUCUGCCACAAUUCCCAGCCCCAUAAAUGAAAACUGGAAACAUAUAAUGCUCUCACACAACUCUGCUCAAUGUCCACUCACUAUGACUGUUUAUAUAGCCUUCUCAGGCCAUAACUAGGUACACUUCAGCUCAAGGACAGUACAAGGGAACUGGCUGUCAUCAAUGCUGGCAGCCAAUAUGUGAAUAUCAGAACCACUGGGAUGGGCCAGACAGGUUCCACAUGCCCCCAUGUGGUCACAGCUAAGCAUUGGCCCUGGUACUCUACACAGUUUCCAUUUGUGGGAAAUUCACCAGUACCCGGGCCCUGGCCUCCUGCCAGCACAAAACCACAAAGCGUUGCUAAGGGCUAUCCCUUUAAAACCAAACCUAAACUGAGGAAAUAGAAAGGGCUUAGGUGCCUUAUUGCUUUUGUGUUGCUACUUGAAACUGAGAAUCC